GACAAGCAACCCGGAGAAGACAGUGUUGAUGGAGGAGAACAAUUGGCAACAACUGUUAACGAGGCUCCGAUCAGGGUCUCUAAUAUUUUCGAGAGAUGCGACAUAGGUGCUAUUCAGAGAGUGAUAAAGAAGAUGCCCCCGGUUCCCGUCACGAAACCUGGAUCAUUGACAGCCCCCGAGAGUGAACAGAGUGCUGUUCAGAGAAUAGCUUUGGCCAUCCGGAGCGAGCCCCGGGCCCCCGUCGCAAAACCCCCCGUUCAACCGGACACCACACCAGCAGCCGGGCCUGCGCCUCCAACCGGCAAGGUCCGAAAAGACCACAUAUCCAGACUUCAGAAAGAGUCCGAGAGUCGCCUGAAGAGACGACAUCUUCACCCCAAGGGCCUCCGAGAUACUUCGGCGACAAUGGUUGAGGAGGCUUUGAAGAUCAAUCCGGUGAUAGGAGCCGUGGCCGAACAGGCGAGACAGAUCCUCCAGGAGGAUAGAUGGGAUGUGUUCGGCAAGAGUAUUGCCCAGCUGUCGGCUGUCGCAUAUCAAGACGAACUGGAGCUCAUGGAGCACGCAGGAAAGAUCCUACUCAAGAUCGCGGCAGACGCGAAGACAGCUGGAACUGAUUGAAAAGCCUCCUUCGGAGCUCUUCGGACGCAGCUUGUCCCUCGACGAUUCUCCUAACCAUCUUGUGGAUUCUGGGGAGAGGACAAGGACAAGAUUGCAUUAUUAUUUUAAUUAUGUCAACCCGAUUGAGAUCCAGAGAUAAGUUAUGGCUUCCCAUCUUAGACCACAACUCAGCUCUUUAUCUGCAUAAAAGAAACACCACCCGCCAGAUUAAAUUCACUUAAAUUCCAUCAUUUGUAUUAGGUCAAUGAAACUGCAUACAUAACAAGCUUAGACAUUUCCUCGAAUA